AACUUAUAACAAAUUGCAUCAAACAGCACCACUACCGCUCCUCAAUUACUCGUUCUGGUUUCCUUCCCUUCCCUUCCAUUUUCUCUCUCUUCCUCCUCUCACGUUCUCCAUCUUUUUUUUUCUCCCUUUUCUCUCUCUAUCUCUUCUCCUCUUUUCUUAUUACACUCUGCUCUCACUCCCUUUUAAGCCAUCCCCAUUGCCCCGCCCAGCUCCUCUUUAUUUCACUUGAGCACGCAUUCUCUCUCUUCCGUAUUUGCUUCUUCUAACGGUUUCUCAGAGGUCAGCUGGAUUUCGCUUCUAUUUCCAGGGCUUUGAUUUCUGGAGAGAAAGGAAAGAUAAUGGCCAUGAAAGCCUUCAUGGAGCCCAUGGGAACCGAAUUAGUCUGCGAAGAUCCUUUCGAUUCCAUUGAUGAUCUGCUCGAUUUCCCCAAUGAUGACGAUGCGCUCCCAAUGGCAGAAGCUUGGGGCGACUGCGCUCCUCUCGCUCCGUCGCCGGCUCCGGCUCCGUCGUUGAUGGCCGCAGGAAGCGGCGGCGGAAUAAGUGUCGGCAGUGAUGCCAGCGGACUAGAUGGUCGCGCCGCGGCCGUCUCCGGCGUUGGGAUUAGCUCAGAAAAUGAUGCGCUGGGUCUGGUAAGUCGUUAUAGAACCCCUUUCAGAAUUUGCUGAAAUUUGAGAAAAAGU